AUGCCUAGCGCUGUGCCCGAGUUCGCCCUGUGGUGGUGCUUUGCCAAGCCGGUUUUCUCGUGCCACAAGCAGCCCUGGGCCUUUGGUCGUGGUUUGGGUCUGAUUCUUGACGGCCCACGCACGCCCAUCAGACACUGGCUCGAGAGGGGUCAUUCUGCACUGGUCGUGGGGAUCCGAAGUCGGCUUGCCCUUGUGGGACGGGCCGUGUGCUGGUCUGCCCUUGAGAUCCCGCUAAAGCCAGAGCUGCCGCCCCAUGGUAUUUCUGCUUCGGCAGCGAACAACAACUGGAUCCUGUUUGUGUCAGAAGAGGUGGACGGACCCAUGAUGGAUGGAGCCCUGUUGUUUCUGUGGGACGGGAGCCGGCGGCUACGUACUACGGUAGAGCCUAGACGACCCAUGCAGCCAGAGCUGGCUGAAUCCGUUCCCAUGGGUGGCUUUGAUGUUCAGUCCUCAUCCUACACCAGUGGCUGUGAAAGUGCAUCUUUCGGCUCCUUCAACUCGAACCCUUCGUCGCCCGGCUCGACCGGCACAAGAUCCACGUUUAGGAGACUGCCAUCGCCGUGGAGCACAACACCUCAAAGUCCCUGAGGCCCCGCAUCUGUCGUGCCACCCAGCUGCAACAGAGUCAUCCUGCGCCACGAGGAAGCAGCCGAACAUGCAACAGCAAUCUUCCUGCUAGCCAGCAUACAUAUGAUAGCGACUACCGCGAGUCUUUGGCGAGUCACAAACCAUGCAUGCGUGGAGGCAGAAAGGAGCCUCAGCACUCGUUCUUCUUUUGGCGUGCCGGUGCCCGUUUGGCGGGUCUCGAUCUGAGACAGUACGGCUCGGCGAUGAACUGCUCGGCCGAGCGGACA